AUUAUAAAGAUCUAAUUCAUAUAAUACAGAUAUUGCAAAACGCUAACAUGAAAAUUUCCCUAAGAAGUCGACAAUGCAAAGCCCUCAUCGGAAACCGAAUUGUGGAGCAGCGACGUCGAUGUCGCCCUCCCAGAUUCGUCCAGAAGGAGCUCCGCUGUCGCGUUUUUAAAUUUCAUGUGGGAAUGUAAGCGCCGGUUUGGAUCCAAGCACCUUGGGCAAGGGUUUGCAAAUGCCGCGACGCAGCGUUGGAGGACGAUGUCCCCAGAGCACCGAGCCCGGUACCGACAGUCCGGAUAUCGAUCUGCCAGCUCCAUUAAGCCAAGCAAGAGCAGCCUGCUCUGCUGGGAAGAUAAUGACUUAGACAGCACGGCAGCUCUUUCAGUGGUUCCUUCGGGUUUCUCCCUGGACGAGGUGGACUGUGACAUGAAACGCAAAAGUAAGCGCAGCUGCGGCAAGUCUAAGCGAAAGAAGUCGGCUUGUGGCAAGCGCAGACGCAGGAAGUCCGCUUGCAAGAAACUCAAGAGCCGCAAGUCUAAGAAAAGCUGCUCAAAGCCACGCCGCCGCAAGUCCCGCAAGGGUGCAAGAAGGGGGGUGAUCCCCACUAAUGUCGUAUUGGACCAGAGAGAAUAAACCUGUGAUGUACCUAUUUCAGGCUGAGGUAAGCUCAGUCCCGUCCAGGGGUCAAUCCACAAGAAAUUUGUAGAAAUGUGAUGGAACCUUAAGGGCGUCGUCAGGGGGCGGCCUGUCGUAGAGAGGUGGAUCGGGGCUAGAAUGGGCGUCGCUCGUCGUGUAUACGAAACGACCGUGUGGACUCGGGGCGGGGCGACGUCGGUGCCUCGGCUAAUUGGGGUGAACUUACGCAAUCGGGUGUUUUUACUUUGAUAAUUUGACACUUUAUUGUAU